UCUGUAGGCAAGUCUUCAUCACAGCUAAACAAAGCUACUAUCAGCCCACCGUCUCAUUCCAGGACUCUCCGGGACGUCUAGGUGUUUCGCGAGAGGUCGAAUCGAUGAUCAGAGAGGUGGCCAUCCGAGCAUCACUCGGUCAGUCACACUCAAUGAAUCAAGCAGGAAAUCAUCGUUCUGUCAAGUCAACUGUGAUUUGUUUAUGGAAUCGUCGUCUACCAAUAAUUCCUCUUCCCUCCCCAUGGCCGUUCCCAUGCGAGACGAUUUGGUCGUCUCUCUUACGGGUGUGUCUCAAGACCUUGCCUGGCCUUCAUAGCAAAUCCGAAAACUCCAACAUACAGCCCGUUUCUUUCUCUUUUCUCCCGGGACUGCUGCAAAUGCAAUGCGUGCGUGCGUGUGUGAAAAAAAAGCGUUUCCCUCUUGUUGUUGUGUUUGGCUCUGGGGCCCCAUUUGCUUCUUUUUUCCAGUCUGACGAGCCAAGGUUCCGAUGGCAAGAGUGUCAGAUAUUUCCCUAUCAGAUGAGUCCAAAAAGUUUCAGGAAACUCAGGCUUUCCAGAACUCGGAAGGGCUGAAAGGCACAAGAGCGGCCAUCAUCUGUUCAGGUUCGAUGCC